AGGUUGUUUUGAUGCCCUCGAAUCUUGUGACAGGUGACCUCAGAUGACCCCGUUGUAGCUCCCAGCUGGUUCUUUCGACCUCAGUCAGUCAUGCAAGAAGUAACGGAACAACAUUAGGUUUAGAUAUAUGAGUUAUUCUUUCCCUUGUCUUCCUUGAAAGAAGGAUGGCAUCCAUCCUCAUCAUUUCAUUGGCUGUUGCCAUGGCAGCAGUGCUCCUCCUCCAAUGGAGCUGGCUCCAGACCAUGCUGUCCAUCUUCCUCUAUGUGGUAGUCUCACUCGCAGGCUUGGUCCUGGGCCUCGCCCUGGUAGUCUCCAAAGGGAAACAAACCCGCGUAGUACCUCCUGCAUACCAGCCUAACAUGGCAAACAUCUUGCUUACCAAGAUGAUGGAAAGAGACAGAACAAAACGCGCCACUUCCUCGCAGAGGACCGUAGUUUCGCGUAACGUGGACCAAGCCCUGAAGGAAGUCUUCGACCUGGUGUUGCGAGACUACGUCGUCGUGUGGUUCGAAGAAUUGUGCCGAAGCCAGGCGCGCUUCAAGGAUCUUCUCAUGGAAGACAUUUGGUGCGUUGUCGGGAACAGUAAAAUCAGAUUGGCUAAUUUGGACAUUGUGAGGCUUCUGACCUACGAUGUUGUGAACAAGCUGUGCACGCACUUUCAGGAUUUGAGUUUGUCGGAGGUGAAGCCGGGACUGGACCUCAGCGCCCCCUUUCUGUUGCAGUCAUACCUGCAGAGCGAGGAGAGGGAGGUGUCGUUCCUGAGACAUUGCAGCGAGGUGUUGUUGAUAUGCCUACUGCCAGCACAACAUGCCAGGUGUAACAGUGUUAGGUACCUGCUCAGGGAGGUGCUCGCCUGUCAGGUAUUUAAACAGGUCAUUGACCUCCUGUGUGACCCUGACUACAUCAACCAGACACUGCUGAACUUCCUGCAGUACCGGGAGAAACUGGCAGAGGAGCACAACAAGGCCUACAUGUAUGCUGCAACCUACGAGGAGUUCGUCAAGAUGAUCAACCAGACUAAGGACAUAGAAGCACUGAAGGAGAUCAGAUAUCGUACCAUGACAGAGAUUAUGCAGGUCACAGCUCUGAUCGAUCAGGUCACGGGGGACCACGAGAGUCCCUCCUCGGGGAAAAAGAAGAAGGUGAAGAACCUGCGAAGGUACCUGAACCAGUGCACGUACGCCAAGGCCUGCUGCGAGAAGAGGAUCCACCUUCUAGGAGGUCCUGAGUACAAAUCCUACGAGAUAAAAGAAGAGGAAGAAUCAGAUGUCGUUGAUAGCUUACACCAAGAAGAAUUGAAGGAAGAAAGCCUAUAUGUCCAAGACGAUCUACAAGGUGGUGAAUUUCAGCACAACACAUCAGGAACAUGGGAAGAGAUGAGCGAAAAGGAUGAAACAGAUUCCUCCGCAGGUGAACAAGGCUUCAACGAUCCGCAGGCAAAGCUAGAGCGCCUCGACGAGAAACUCACCGCAAAGCUUCAGGAGUUGCGCGAUGCGAAGGAUGCUCUCCGUCCGGACGGCAAGGCCAUUGCAAAGAUCGAGCACGAGGUCAACGACAUGAAGACGGAGAGACGCCAGCUUGAGUUCCACAUCGAGCGGACGGACCAGUGGUGGGAUAUGAUUGGUCGAUGGAGGGCCAACAUCUGCAACGCCGAGUUCAUCGUGAACGAGGAAAAGAUUGAGCCGGUCUUUGUAAUCGUUGUCCACAUCUCGGGUGCCAUUGCUAGUACAGACGAGUCCACCACCACGGGAUGGGUCGUCAUGCGAAACCUUUCGGACUUCCACGCCCUUCACAAGAGGCUGAAGGAGUAUCGUAGCUGGCUGCGCGAAAAGGACCUCCCCUCCAAGCGAUGGUUCCGGGCUACAGACAAGGCCUUCUUGGAUAAAGCUCGUACAAUGCUGGAAGCGUACCUCAAUGAGGUCCUUGCCGAUGACACCCUCUGUCAAAGUCAAGUCCUUUUCUCCUUCCUCAGCCCAAGCCCCGACCACCUCAAGGGAAGCGUACGAGACAAGAAGACUCGAUUCUCCAUCACCACCCUUCUCAAGAACCUCCCAGGAGGAGACUUGCUCAACAAGCAGGCAACGGUCCAUGACGGCGAGGAUCUCGAAGAUGCCAUAGAAGACGGGGAAGGCCGCGACGGGAAAGACUCCAUCGCAGAACCGCUCUACACCCUAUUGGGCGAGAUAUUCGAGCUAAGAGGAGUCACCAAGUGGUUGAGAAGGACUUUGAUAGCGUUCGUUCAGGUCACGUUUGGAGCAAGCAUCAACAAGCAGGUGAGAGAGAGUGUGGAGUGGCUGUUCUCGGAGCCCAUGUUGGUGUACUACAUCCAGCUGUUGAGGGACUCUCUGUGGCCAGGAGGCAAGCUUGCACCUGCUGCACCAAACAGGACAGAAGAGGAGAAACUGCAAACAAAGCAACAGGUCAAACAGAAGCUCCUCGACAACAUGCCCGACAUGCUGCAGAGUCUGGUGGGGCAGCAGAACGCCCGCAGGGGGGUGGUCAAGGUGUUCGAGGGUCUGCAGGACAGGACCAUCAACAAGCACCUGUUCUACGUGCUGCUGGAGAUGUUCCUGGUGGAGGUGUGUGUGGAGCUCGGGGAUCCGCAGCUGUUAGCGCAGGUGGCAGAGGCGGCCAGGGUCCAGUCGGAAAACAUGGUCAGCACCCAAGAAGAAGAACCUCUUUAAAAAACAGCAGAAAUUUGUGGUAGAAAACAUUGCUGACCGAAUUUCACCAUGUCAAGCACCAAAUAUGUGAGGUGUUGUACUAGAGGGUCAACAGUCCAGUGGAGGAAUCUGGGGCUCCCCAGGGGAAAGUUUGAAAUUUUGACCUUCUGAAAUGCUAUUUCCUGCAUUUUGAGUGGGUAAUUUUUCUGGUUGCCUAAGCUAAGUUUAAUGACAUCUCUUAAUUGAAAUAACACACAAGGGUUUUGGCUUAAUUUUCUUGGGGCGGGGGGCAGCCGAUCCCCUACCCCCAAUGUGCCGCCGCCACUGAUUACAGCCCAGGUGGUCAAGGUGUUUGAGGGCCUGCAGGACAAGACCAUCAACAAGCACCUGUUCUAUGUGCUGCUGGAGAUGUUCCUGUUGGAGGUGUGUGUGGAGCUCAUGGAUCCGCAGCUGUUAGCACAGGUGGCAGAGGCGGCCAGGGUCCAGUCGGAAAACAUGGCCGGCACUCAAGAAGAAGAACCACUUUAGAAAUACAUCUCUGAGCAGAUCGCUACUGGGGCUAGUAAUAUCAAGUUGGCUAGCAAUCUCCAUUUGCCCCACUAGUCAAUUGUAGAACGGGAGCAGAGGCGGCAGCAGAAAAUUUUGUACGAGGGGGGUUAGAUAUUGCUUACCCAAUUUUACCAUGUUGAGUACUGAAUGCCAAAGACAUUGCGCCAGAGGCUCGACAGUCCUGUGGAAGAGUCCAGCGCUGUAUCAUCCCUUUCACUGUGUCCGAAUUUUGACAUAUCUUGACCUUCUGAAAUGCUAUUUCCUGCAUUUUGAGGGGCAAAUUUUGCUGGUAGACUAGAGUAAGCUAAGUAAUGACAACUCUUAGUGAAGGAAUACGCCUGAUAAGAUUGAUAUUUUAAGGGGGAACCCCCCGGUGCACACCCCCACCCCCAAACUUCAACUUGUGCUGCUGCCACUGAUAACAGCCUUGGCCUAUUAGCCUACUAUCUGACCUUCUGGAUGCGUACAUGUUUUAUAAGUGCCAGCAAGCUGUUAGCCAAUCAUAUUCUUCCCUCCUUCUGUUGAAAGUCAAGUUGCCAACCAAUCACAUUGCUUCCUAUGGUCAAUAGGCAAUGUGAUUGGCUGGUGACUCUCUCUUGUGUAGCCGAUAAUGGAAUACCAAAGAGUUAUGUAAAUAUUGAAUAAAUGUAUGUGUUGCACAGUAUGAUAAUGCCUUGCUGUAACAUUGAAAUUGAAAGACUAAGUCUACCAGGAUAACUUUAAAAUGCAUAAGAGUAGGUUGAAUAAUUAAGUCAAGUUAUACACCUUCAGAGUUUAUAUUCAGGGCUCAUAUCAUAUUAGUAAUCAUUUAGUUAUUUGUUUACUUGUUAAUAAUCAUGUUCACAAAAUCUAUAGUUAGCUCGGUGUAGAAUGCAGUAUAGUAUACACUAGAUACACAUGUAUUAAGUGUUACUACAUUGCUAGUACAUGUAUCAAGUUUUGGCUUCUUGUCUCAAACAAUAUAACUUAUUAUAACUUGUUAUGUCUAUAUACAAUAUAUGUCUAUAUAUUUUCCUUACACAAUUGCAUGUAAGUUGUGUUCAAAGCCAAAUGUUUCUGGUGCUUGAAUGAAAAUUGUAAAUAAUAAGUUCUUCAAUACACUUACUGCAAUGUUUUAAGUUAUAUAAAGAGUGCAAUGAAUUGGAAUGGAGAGUGUUGAAUGUUCAUUCAAAGCUAAGUAAGAUGCAAGAAAAGAAUAGUUUCAAAGAAGGCUACAUCCUUUCUUUCACUACUGCUAGGAAAUUCCAAACUGUUCAUGUGGAAAAACAAGAGUUAUGAGUUUAUUGAGAUACCCUUUAGCUCAGAAAAACAACAUGUUUCAAUAAUAAAAUGGCAAUCCAGCUUC